GACCACGCCGAGCGCUCGCGUUCUCUACCCCGUGUCCCAGCCGUCCUGCCUUGCCUGCCUUUUGUUGGAUCUGUGCUGAGGGGUUUUUCUGCUUUUGUGAUCAGCACUAUUUGUUGGCCACGACCCUGCCUAAGACGCACGCGUGAGCCCUCCCGGGAGCGCGGAGAACACGAGCGAGCAGCAGGCGGCGGGGUCCGUUGCAGCGGCAAGGACAAAAGGAGCUCGCGCGGGGCGGCAUGAGGAAGGCCGAGAUGGGCAGGUUCAACAUUUCUCCAGACGAGGACAGCAGCAGCUACAGCUCCAACAGCGAUUUCAACUAUUCGUAUCCCACCAAGCAGGCGGCCAUGAAGAGCCACUAUGCGGACGUGGAUCCCGAAAACCAGAACUUCUUACUCGAGUCGAAUCUGGGGAAGAAGAAAUAUGAGACAGACUUUCAUCCAGGUACUACUUCCUUUGGAAUGUCAGUAUUUAAUCUGAGCAAUGCGAUUGUGGGCAGUGGAAUCCUUGGGCUUUCUUAUGCCAUGGCUAAUACUGGAAUUGCUCUGUUUAUAAUUCUCUUGACUUUUGUGUCGAUAUUCUCGCUAUAUUCUGUUCAUCUCCUUCUGAAGACUGCCAACGAAGGAGGGUCUUUGUUGUAUGAGCAGUUGGGACACAAGGCAUUUGGGAUGGUGGGGAAGCUCGCCGCCUCAGGUUCCAUCACCAUGCAGAACAUUGGAGCUAUGUCAAGCUACCUCUUCAUAGUGAAAUAUGAGUUACCUUUGGUGAUCCAGGCAUUAAUGAACAUUGAAGAUACAACUGGGUUGUGGUACCUGAACGGAGACUACCUGGUCCUGCUGGUGUCACUGGUGCUCAUUCUGCCUCUGUCACUGCUGAAGAAUUUAGGGUAUCUGGGCUAUACCAGCGGCCUUUCUUUGCUCUGUAUGAUGUUCUUCCUCGUUGUGGUGAUCUGCAAGAAAUUCCAGAUUCCUUGUCCAGCGGAGGUCACAUGGCUGCUCAAUGAGACCAUCAACGGCACCUUGAUCCAGCCAACGGCCCUUCUGACUGGUGCGACGGCUAAUGAGACACUUCCUGACACCUGCACGCCACGUUAUUUCAUCUUCAACUCCCAGACUGUCUACGCCGUGCCCAUCCUGACCUUUUCGUUUGUCUGUCACCCCGCCGUUCUUCCAAUCUACGAGGAACUGAAAGACCGCAGCCGUAGGCGGAUGAUGAGUGUGUCCAAGAUCUCCUUCUUUGCCAUGUUUCUCAUGUACCUGCUGGCUGCGCUCUUCGGCUACCUGACGUUUUACGAGCACGUGGAGUCGGAGCUGCUUCACACCUACUCCACGGUCAUGCAGACCGACGUGCUGCUGCUCAUCGUCCGGCUGGCUGUGCUCAUGGCCGUCACCCUCACCGUGCCCGUGGUCAUCUUCCCGAUCCGGAGCUCCAUAACUCACUUGUUGUGUGCAUCCAAAGACUUCAGUUGGUGGCGGCACAUUCUCAUCACCGUGUCUAUCUUGGUGUUUACCAAUUUGCUGGUCAUCUUUGUCCCUACGAUUAGGGACAUCUUUGGUUUCAUUGGUGCGUCGGCAGCAGCCAUGCUCAUCUUCAUCCUCCCAUCCGCCUUCUACAUCAAGUUGGUGAAGAAAGAGCCCCUGGUAUCUGUGCAAAAGAUUGGGGCGCUGCUGUUCUUGCUGAGCGGUGUGGUGGUGAUGGCGGGCAGCAUGGCACUCAUCAUCCUGGACUGGGUGCACAACCCCACCACGGGCGGCCACUAGUCGGCACCAUCCCCAGAGCCACGAUGCCAGUGUUGAGUCUUCUCAACUAUGAUAUCUCACCUGAUAUGUUCAGUUUCACUUCCUUUCGAAGUGCAGAUUCUUUGCGCGUUCUUCUGAGUGCAGAAUAAGUGAAAUUUUUUUUUUUUUUUUUUAAGAAACUUACCUGUAUGUUAGAAGUGGAUAUUAACAGCAAAACCACGAGUCUCGGGUUAAGGGAAGUGACAAUUUUAUUCCAUUCCAGAGAAUGGACAAAUUCUUAACUUUUAUCAAGCCACAUGUUUGGCUGUGUCAUUGUUUAACUUGGAUAUUUUAUGCUUUUACUUGAAUGUGCCUAAUGGAGUCAUUCGACGUGAGAAACAAUUCUUAAUUUACAGCAAGGAAUUGAAAUAACCAUUGAGAGAAACACUAUUAUUUUUUGUACCAAAAAUACUUAAAGACCUCAGAAGCACUAUUUUACUUUGAAGAAAUUGCUUUUUUUAAAAAAAGAAAAAACAAAAACUUUAUCCGGAAACGGUUGUCAGUAAACUCUGUACAAAGUGAUAUUUAAAAACAGUAAUACUAUGAAAUGAUUUGCCUUUUUGUAGGUAUAAUAAGCCAAAACCUUUUUUUUUAACCCAAAAUAACUUUGGGAGACAAUGACCUCGUGAUGUGGUAUCACAGUUCUGGUGCGUGGUCUUCCACCAAACUUGGCCUGACUGAAGGUGGCGAGUUCAGUUCACCGGCUCUUGAACUUCCAUGUUCGCUCAUUCUUUGUUCCCAAAUAGUUGGGCUCAGAUUGAAAUGUUCAGGUCUCCAACCCCUGUGGAUGGAAGCUAAUACAGAUAUUUCUAUCGAAAAUGUAGUAAUUUGGGGUUCCAAAUUGUGCUGCUGGAUCAAACAGGGUUUGUUCAGUUCCAUCUGACUGCAGAGCUGUGUGGGCAGCUCUGGGCCCACCCCUUUUGGACAUUGCUUCUAGCAGUGAAGAACAGAUGUUGGCUGGCUUGAUGUCAGAGCACAGCUUUUCAAAAUGCUCAUGUCCUGGAAGUGGGAAUCAACUUGACCGUGUGCAGCGUGGCUGUGUUUGUGUUUAGUUUACAGUAGGACUCCCACCGCAGGUCAUACCAGUACUGGUGUAAUUCAAGUCCCCUCUUUGUGUAGGCCACUGGGUUUCUCAUGCAGUCAGGAUUGUCAUCUCAUUCUUGUACAACAUGGAAUUCUGUUUACGUCCAGCAAGUGGGCUGCGAAGGGAGCAGUGGGCAGGGGCAUGCGUUCUGGUUCGCCCCCGUUGCAGCCACAGUCAGAAGUGGGCACGCUGCUCUGAGCCUUGGCUUGAAGAGAAUGAUCGCUGUAUUUCGCAGUGUGGUUCCAUCAUGUGGUACUUGACUCAGCAGCGUCACAUGCAUAAUUCCAUCAAGUGGUUAAGGGAAGCAAAUAAUGGAUUCGUCCACUGUUCAUCUGGCUGCAGGGUUCUCUCUCUUGAAUAUUUCUCCUGUUGGGCCAGGGCUAGAAAGAGGGCAGACAUGGUUUUGUUACAUGUUCUUAUAUUCUCUGUGACUGAAUGAUACACAGGCAGGGUGCCUAUGAUGAAAGACCCUUACAGAACUGGAAGACGUCUCAUGGUGCCUCACUGGGGGAAACCCGUGGUCCGUUUUGUCUUCUGCAAACACGUCAUCUGGGACCAGGCAGAAACUGAACUGGCAAUCCUGUACUCCCAUCUCGUAACUGGGCUUUGGGUACAACCACACCAAUCCACAGCCUCAACACUGGCUCCAGCAAGAGCCAUGCUUGUGCUCAUCUGGUGUCUGAACUGUGUGUGUGUGGGUAAACUCCCUGGCAUUCAGCCGGGAAGAGGAAGUGAGGCUGUUGCCGCUCAGUCACCUGCCUGGGUUCGUCCCUUCUGUGCCCUGAGGUCCUGUGCAUCCCCUGAACGAGCAGUCUUCAGUAUUAACCACUGUCAUCACCUCCUCUUGCAUUACUGUCUUCCAUGGGUAUUUCAGUUGUAACUGUAAUGUUAUUUAUAGAACAGCAUUAAUCCAUGAGAGCUAACCUAUUGCAAUAUUUAUGAUACCUGUACAUACAUCAUCUGCCUAUGUAUUUGUAAAUAGGUUGUAUAUAGUGUCAAGUGGGGAUGUCUUGGGUUCAAGUGUAUAUACUCCUGUAAGAUUUCUUCACUGCAGUUUGGUGGCUCCCCGUUAUAUAUAUAGAUGUGUGUGUGUGUAACAAUUGUCCCCAGAGUCUGCACAGAGAAUACAGGAUUAAAAAAAAAAGGUACACAUUGUGUACAAACCCCAUCAAUUUAAAAUGUUCAUUUUAGUUGUAUUCACAACAAACUGUUGGCCAUUGGUGUUUUUAAAUGAAGAUCUGGUUGGAGUUCAGACCCCUGCUUUGAGUCCACCUGUUCCAAAUGCAGUUGAUUGGCAAUGUGAUGGAGUGUGAUGCAGGCCUUCAAGAACCAGGGCAUGCUGACUGCCUGUACAUAGAUGUAAAUAUCUUCACAGUGUGUCGGGCCCUGACCCACAGGGCUGGUUGACUGGGAGUGCUGUGCCCACUGUUUCAAUGAAAUCAUGUAUGUUUGUUGUAACGAAACUAAAAUAAACACUUGCUUAUUCCUCA